GUCAGGAAAGGAAACACGCUGCUUUUGCAGCACCUGAAGCGAAUAAUCUCGGACCUGUGCAAACUCUACAACCUCCCCCAACAUCCAGACGUCGAAAUGCUGGACCAGCCUCUGCCGGCAGAACAGAGCACGCAGGAAGAGGUGUCCUCCGAAGAGGAAGACGAAGAGAUGCCGGAGGACACCGAGGACUUGGACCACUACGAGAUGAAAGAGGAAGAGCCGGCAGAUGGCAAGAAGACGGAGGACGAAGGCAUUGGGAAGGAAAACCUGGCCAUUUUAGAGAAAAUAAAAAAGAACCAGAGGCAAGAUUACUUAAAUGUGGCCCGGCUCGGGAUCGCGCGGCUGUGGCGGAUCGUGGGUGGUGGGACCAAAAACGUUCUCCCCACCGCGCCCCGUGAGCCAGAGGAGGGGAAGGGAGCAGGGCAGGGGAGCCUUGGGGUUGACGAGGAUAGCGCUUUGCACAAUGAUCUCCAGAUCCUCAAAGAGAAAGAAGGAACAGAUUUCAUCCUCCUGAAUUUUUCCUUUAAAGAUAACUUCCCGUUUGAUCCGCCCUUCGUGAGGGUCGUGUCCCCGGUGCUGUCGGGGGGAUACGUUCUGGGUGGCGGAGCCAUCUGCAUGGAGCUGCUCACGAAGCAG